CGUUAAUUGUGAAUCCUUUCGAAUCAACAAACGCGAAAGAGUGAAACCUGUCGUUUGCCAAAACAUAGGGGAGUAGUGAUCUUUGGAAUUACAUAGAAUUAAAUUGGGCUGAAAAAUGUCAAGUCUAAAGACGUUUAUUAAGGCAGUCCGGGCGUCGAAAACGACGGCUGAAGAAAACAGUGCAAUUCGGAAAGAAUCGGCGCAGAUACGUAAAAACAUUCGCCAAGGAUCAGCAGAUACGCGAAUGCGGAGGAGAAAUGUUGCAAAAUUAUUGUUUCUGUAUUUGUUAGGAGAACCCACCCAUUUUGGACAAAUCGAAUGUUUGAAAUUGCUUUCAAGUCCUCAAUUCAUGGACAAACGAUUAGGAUACUUGGGUGCUAUGUUACUGCUAGAUGAAAAUCAAGAAGUUUUAACUUUGCUUACAAACUCCCUUCAACAAGACUUACAAUCGCCCAACAAGUUCGUCGUUAGUCUUGCAUUGUCGGCGUUUGGCAACAUUGCCAGUCCUGAAUUGGCUCGCGAUCUUUCAAACAUCAUUUCCAAGCUUUGCUCCAGUUCACACAACUUUGUCAGCAAGAAAGCUCUUUUGUGUGCUUUGCGUGUAGUACAAAAGGAGCCAGAGUUGGCUGAUCCGUAUCUAUUGAGCGCCGAAGAGCUUCUUCAUUCCAAAAGCCAUGGUGUAUUGAUGUCCGACAUUUCCUUUGUGAUGGGAUUAUGUAGAAUUCAUCCUAAUCUUAUUCCCCGUUUCGCUGAACAUACCGAUGCUCUCAUUCACCGUCUUCGUCAGCUUUCUUCCAAUACAUAUUCAUCUGAACUUAAUAUCGGCAAUGUUUCGGAUCCCUUCUUGCAAAUUAAAAUACUCCAAAUACUUUCCAUAUUCGCACAACACGAUGCUUCCAUCAAUGACCGCAUCAGUGAUAUAUUGGCUCAAGUUUGCAGUAACACGGAUUCUUCCCGAAAUGCGGGAAAUGCAAUCCUCUAUCAAGCAGUCCGUACUAUUCUAGAUGUCGAUUCCGACAGCAGCCUUCGUGUUUUGGGCGUUAACAUCCUUGCUAAAUUCCUAGGAAAUCGUGAUAACAAUACUCGAUAUGUAGCCCUCAAUAUGUUGAAGCGCGUCGUAAAUACAGAAGAGAAUGCCGUGCAGCGUCACCGUUCUACCAUCCUAUCUUGUCUUUACGACGUUGACAUUUCUAUUCAAGCUCGCGCUUUGGAACUUUCCACUUUCCUAGUCAACGAAUCCAACGUCAGAUUUAUGGUUCGUGAGUUAUUAACAUAUUUGGAUACUGUGUCCGAUGAUAUGCGCUCAAGAACUGCUCAGUAUAUAACCGAGGUUACAAAUGCUUUUGCCCCUAACAAACGUUGGCAUUUUGAUACUCUUUUACGCGUAUUUAAAAGUGCCGGUAAUUUCCUAUCUGAGUCUGCCUUAUCAACGUUUCUUCGUUUGAUUGCUAGUGCUCCAGACCUCCACGAGUAUGCGACAUUAAAACUUUAUGCUGCACUGAAAGAUGAUAUAUCCCAAGAAGCUUUGAUCCUCGCCUCUUUGUGGGUUCUUGGUGAAUAUGGUCAAUAUCUAUUAUCUCCUUCCAUGAAUUUUGACGAUGAUACUUUACCAACAAACAUAUCUGAAGAUGACAUUUUGGAUCUAGUGGAAGAGGUGUUGAUAGGAACAAACUUCUUGCAACCUACCAUUAUUCAAUAUGGACUUAAUACUUUGAUUAAACUGAGCACUCGUUUUCAGUCUUCUUCUUCAUUGUCCAAGAUACAAAGGCUUAUAGAAUUUUAUGGCAAGCAUAGAAAUACUGAAGUUCAGCAACGUUCUAUUGAGUACCAGCAUGUUAUUCAAGAUCCUUCUUUAGACAGAACCGUGAUGCAAUCCAUACCCGCACCUUCACCUCCAGCACGAAUCACACCUUACCAAAACGCUGAACAAAAACUGAAUGCACCUAAGAAACCAUUGAAGGAAACCGAAGAAACUAAUGACCUUUUGGAUCUUAUCGGUUUAACUGGUCCUUCUCAGACAGAAACCCUUAUCAAUGAAACUCCAUCUGCUAAUACCACUGCAGCUAAUGAUCUUGCAGAUAUAAUUUCUGCACCGAAAAAGAACCAAGUUGACGAUAUUUUGGGACUAUUUAGUACCCCUGCACCUGCAGCAGAACCAGCAACGAAUACUCUAGCCAAUAGCUUUGCCUCGUUGGACAUGAGUGGUUUAAAUCUAUCACAGGCAGCCUCUACUCCUCAGACUAAACAGUAUGAACCUCUCCUAGUAUACGAUAAACACGAUGUGAUAUUGUCGUUGUAUCCUUCGAAAGAUGAAGCUUCAAAGACUGCCGUCAUAGAAGCAAGAUUCAAGAAUAAAAGCGUAGUAUCGAAAGUUGAAAAAGUUCAUCUUGAAGUUGCCGUUCCUAAAUCACAAAAACUACGACUUCAACCUCUUCGGUCUACAAGUAUGGAUCCCGGAAUGGAAACUUCACAGACUAUGCGAAUUCAAGGACCCAAAAAUACCCAAGUUAAAUUGAGGUUGCGGAUAUCCAUAACCCGAGAAGACAAGGUUGGAAUUCUAGAUCAAGUUGAUUAUAGCAAAUUACCUUCGGAUCUUUUAGAUUAGAUAACUCAUUAUUUAUGGUUUGCAAUUGUGCCUCUAUUGUCUUCUGUGGUCUCAAUGAUCCAUAAACGUUUUAAUGGCUAAUGAAUAUUCUACUUCUCUAAUGGUUUGCACAUGAGACAAUGGGUUGGAAUUAAUAAAACUUACUUUUGAGUAUGCUUACGACAAAAAAGCCUAAAAAAUGACAAUCGAAGGUUAUGAACUUUUGUAUGGGUCGUUAUUUAUAGAAGCAUAAAUAAAAUGAACAUAAUGAAAUGAACUAGAAGACAAAUCAAAAAAGGAGAUAUCAAAUAUUGGACAACAAUGUCAAGACAACAAAUUCUUCAACCUGUAUGUUCUUGUUGCUGUUGCUUUUUCUUCUCCCGAUCAGCAAUUGUUUGUCGAAUAUAAUAUGCACGAGCAUUUUGGUUUUUGGGUUCCAAGACUGCCAUCCUUUCUUUCAAGUCUCUAUCCAAAUCCCAAGUAGGCUUCUUGGGCCGUAAUGUAGUCAAGUCUAACUCUUCCUCAGGUAUACUUUCUUGUUCUUGAAUUUUUCGUUUCGUUUCGUUUUCGAUAUCCUUUGAAAUAGUUUCAACCGUAACGUCUGCUUUUGGGGGCUCAAUAAAUCCCAUACGAGGAGCCUGUGCCUCAGGAUCAUAAUUACGAUGCUUUAUUAAUUCCCCUUGUUCUUCAGGAUCUGGGGCUUCUUGAGUUGUCUGUGAUUCUCUAAUUUUACGCAACUCGCGCAAUCGCUGUUUUCUCAAUUCCGCCGAUUCAUCCAACGAAGACAUUCUACCAAAUAUUUUUAUGAAUUAUCCUGCUAGAGUAUGAAACAAAUUCUAUGCAAAUCCUUCAGUUCAGAGUAAUAUAAAGAAUGUCCAAGUUAUGCCGAGAAGAAUCUGUUGACUGUUUCAAAACAAAAGAACUCCGAUCCUUCUGUUUUUAUAAGUAAUAUCAAUGAAAUUUGAUAUAUUAUGAGUUUUUCUCUUCCGUUUCCACCACCAGCCGUAAUUUCCAAAGACAGCUAUUU